UCUCAUUGGUCCACCAUGGAGACUCUCACCAAUCAUCACUCAGCGUGCCUAAACCAACCAAGAGGCAGCUAUCAGAGUGACAGGGGAGGGGCGGGACUUCAUUCUUGCUCCCGCGAGAUCUCAGUCUUUGGAGGACCGCUGCCAUGGACACGGAGACGCCGCAGUCAAUGGGGAAGCUGCUUCACUUUCGUUCACCACGUAACUGAACCACAGAUCAUGGCCCGCUGUGACGAGCUGGACGAGUUGCGGCUUCAGUUCCAAACGCUGCAGAAGCAGCAGGAGAAGCGAAAGCUGGACAGGAGAAUGGAGAAAGAACCGGAUAAGCUUAAUGUGGAGGUUACACAGGAGGAUUCGGGCGUGUUGAAACAAGACAUUCAGGCAGACCACCGGCCUGCUUACAAAAAACAUGUGCCAGACGACGAGCCGAAUUUGCUUGAUGAGCUGCGAGAGCUCAAAGAUGAAAAUGGUCGUCUCUUCAAACUCCUCGGAGAAAAGGAUUUUGAGAUUAAACACCUCAGGAGGAAAAGAGAAGAAGAACGACUGGCCCUAGCAGGCACGUCGGGCUUGGCGGGCGACGCAGCAGCCACCAGGAUUGUUGACCUGUCCAAGAAGAACAGGGAGCUGAACGCUGAGAUCGAGAGAGAAAAGACCAGGUCCAAGCAAAACAGCAACAGAAUCAAAGAGCUUGAGAAAGAGCUACAGUCUGCGUUGGCGCACUCUCCCCCUGGGCAAAGCACAGACACAAAAUCCCAGAUAAAAAGAUUAUCAGAAGACUGUGAGGAAAAUCCAGCGGUGAAAUCGCUGCAGGAGAAAUUAGCCGCAGCCAAACUGAGAUCGGCUGAAUGUCGAAACCAGGUCCAGUCCCUCAAACAGGAGUUGAAAGUAGCUCAGAAGGUUUUAAUCAGUGAGGUUGGAGAGGAGGUCAACCUUCAGCAAUUACUGAGCUGCCCGGGGAGCUUCAGAGGUCGCGCUCAACAGAUACUGGUUCUUCAGACGAAGGUGCGCGAACUCGAGCAGCAGCUGAACCAGUCGACUCAGCGGCGACAGCCAAGCGUCCUGAGUGUGGAGGACGAGUUCCUGGGCCCGGGGGUCCUUCUGAAGACCCCUCCUCAAGAGAGGAACCUCAGCUACAUCCGCUCCAUGGAGAAGGAGAAGAGGGAGGCGUUUGAGCGAAUCUCAGUGGAGUAUGAGAACCUCAAGAAAGACCACGAGGAUGGGAAGAAAAAGAUGGAAGCCUCUAAAGCCAGGAACAAAUCUCUGUCUGCUGAGAUGAAAACUCUGAAGGUCCAAGUUUCCACCCUGCUGGAGAAGGGGAAACACGACAAUGAGCUUGUGGAUGCUUUGCUGAAGCAGCAGACCCAGAUGCAGGAGGUGUUGAGACGGCUCAGCCGACAGCAGAGCGGCCAGAGCAAGGAGCUCCAGCAGAACCCGAGCAACUUGCGGAGCAGCGAGUCGGCAGAACACUACGCUCUCGUCCAGAACCUCAAGCAGAUAGUUGCUGAGAAAGAAGAGACGAUCAAAGAACUGCAGGAGGAAAUCCAGCAGCUCUCCCUCCAGGAAGAGGGAGACUCCAGCCAGAAGACCAUUUGCACUGCAGGCUUUCUGCCUGAAGAGGGAGACAUUAACAAGAGAAUAACAUCUUCAGGUUCACUUUCUAAAUUCGGUUAUAAACUGGUGCUGCCUUCUGUGAAAAGCAGCUCAGAAUUCAAGGGUCUAGGUUCUUCAAAAUGUCCCCAAUGCUCAGCCGAUGUCAGUUCCCUCAUGACCCAGUGUAGUGAAUACAAAGUCCUCUGUGUGGAGAAGGACAGACUCUCUGAGCUGGUGAACGUCCUACAGACAAAAGAAAAAGAUUGGACCCAGAGGUGUGCGGAGGCUGAGCACAAGUAUCAGGAGGAGCGCCGCAGGAUGGUGAUCCUGGAGCAGCAGCUGGAGCAGACCAAAUUAGAUACAAAGUUUGAAUGACUCCUUUCUCCAUCCUUCUCCUCAGAGGUAUUCCCUCGUUCUGGACCGAUGCUUCCUGCAGACCAUUGACUGCAUCCAGAAACUAAAGUAAAUAGUGGAGCUGUGAACGCAGAGGUUAAAGUUAGCCAUCAGUAUAUGAGGGAUCUGUGAACUUAAGUCAGGCCAGAAAACGGUUUGUACCUCUAUGAGUCCAUUCAUCUCCCAGUGCCUCUCAUUUACAUGUAAUGGAAAGAAAAUAAACAGCAGAGCCCUAAUGUGCUCAUUUACAGUAAGUAGGAGCAGGAGAAUAAGCUUUUAUCUCAGCAGCGCUAAAGCAAUGAUAAGCACGUGUUUCUUUUUGUAAAUGAAAUGUCCCUGAUUAAGUGUACAGGAGGAGUCUUGUUGCUGUCACCGAUAUCAAGGACAUGGUGCACAGUGGCGCAAAAUUGAUGGUGACAUGUUGACGAGACGAGCUCCGACAGCAGAUCAUCUGAUCUUGAUUUUGAUCAGUGCCUCUUGCUCUUACUUCAACUGGCUCUUUAAUUCAAAGUUAUGUUUAUGUGUGACAGUUGUGUGCAGUCUGGUAUCAUGUCAACACCGUAUGAUCAAGGCUUCUCUUUUUCCUUGUAAUUGUGUUAAGUUUAACAAUGGGUUGCAUCACUCUAUGGCAUUGUGGUGUGUCAUGUACUGUUUAUCAACUGGCCUGCAUCGAUGCAAUGUGAAGCCAAAAAUCCCAAUUAAACAUUCACUGAAACAUAAAAA